UUUUUCCCCUAAACCGGCUCGAAGCAGUCGACUCUCCCACAUUUUGCCCUGAAGCGACCCAACCUUUCACAGUCUCGGAGCUGUCGUUACUCAGAUCACAAAAUGGGUGGUCAGAGCAGAGAAGGCGGCAAGGCCAAGCCCCUCAAGGCCCCGAAGAAGUCUGCCAAGGAACUCGAUGAGGAGGAUCUGGCCUUCAAGGCGAAGCAGCGUGAAUAUGAGAAAGCCAAGAAGGAGCUCGCGGCCAAGGCCAGCGGCAAGGGUCCUCUGAACAUAGGUUCUCAGGGCAUCAAGAAAUCGGGAAAGAAGUAGAGUUCCCAUUCUGGGAAGCAGGGCAUUGCAUUGCGUUGCGUUGCAUUGAGUGUGGUGGCCGAUUUAUAAGGCCACCAAUGCCGGUGCCGGUGUUGGGUUAGGAUUGGGAUGCUUUUUCGGGCGCAAAGGGUCAGCGGUAGCUGGGCGCAGGAUUGCCAUGUUUGCGAGGAUACGGACCUUACAUAACGAAGACAAUGAGCGACGUUUUGUACGUAGUCAAGUGAACGCUGGACUUGGACUACUUGACUGUGCACGAGAACCACGCCUGGGAUCGUCCUGGUAACCUACACGGAAUAUCUCCUACCUUCGCAGUCUCGAGUCCCGUCAUGCCCUAUACUAUGCCCGAGCCCGCCUUCACCUAACGUGGUCUGUUGCCAUCAGCAAU